AAAUAUUCCACCAAUUAAUAUAUAUAUAUAUACUAUAUUCUAUAAGAGUUAUGCUUGUAAAUAAAGAUACUUUACAUAUAGAUCAAAAUCACAGUUUUCCAAUUAAUUUACAGAAGUCACGUGCAAGGAUCUGGGUUCAAAGCCUGGCCCUCAUAAACAGUGAAGCAAUGAUGCAGGUUAUAACUCUUCUCCUUUCCAUGAUGUUCGUGCUCACUCCAUCCCUGACAUCACCGGAACAAGCAACUAAACAUUAUAAUAGGUCAAAACUAACUCAUGAAAAAAUUCUGCACAUAUGUGAAAGGAAUGAUGGACAGCAGGAACAAAAUAUACUGGAGAACCUCCAAACUAAUAUUGACUAUUCAGACAGAUUUGAACUGAAGUCACUGCUGGAGGAAUUACAGUUACAGAUAACACAAACUAAGAAAGCCUUAUGUUACUGUGAGAGAGUGGAACUUUUGCCACUUGGACAGAGUACAGGAACGGUGAUCUUCAAGACAGGAGGAUUUGAAAAAACAUUCCAUGAGGCAAUGUCUAUAUGCACUCAGGCUGGUGGACAAAUAGCCUUACCACGCAAUAGAGAAGAGAAUGAAGUUGUGAGACGAAUAGUCAAUGUUUUGGGAAAGGUAGCUUUCCUGAGCAUAGAUGACAUCCAGACAGAUCCCAUGACUUAUACCAACUGGAAACCUAAUACACUCAGUAACUCUGAAAGUUCUAAAGAAUAUGGAAAUGAUUGCUUGGAGAUGUCUUUAACUGGCAACUGGAGUAAAAUUUCGUGUGAUGUAAAGCGUCUAGUGAUCUGCAAGUUUGAACUACCGAAGUUGGACUGAAUUCCUUGAUCUAGGAGCCUAACCAGAAAUCAAAGUCCAUACUCUUGUGUUCCUAACAUGCUAAUAAAAAGUAACACUUCUGCUGCAAA